GUUGUCAUAGUGUUUUAAUUAGUCUAUAUUUCUUAUCAUAUUUGCGUGGGUGUUACAUGCAACCUUGGCUUUAAGGUCAUUUGUUCAUUUAUAAUAUUAGAAUAAAUAAGGCCUUCGAUGAUCACUUUUCUUAUUCAUUGUGACUUUAUAUAUCCUGUCAAUAUUAACAAGUGUAUAUGUAUAGUGAAAUAAUAAAAGUCCACUUUACGGAUUAAAAAGAAAAUAUUCUGUUUACAACAUUCAAAAAUGGAUCAAUUUAAUCUAGAUGAAAUUCGUGAAGAAACAGAAUGGGAACAAUGUUCACGUAAUCCAGAUGUGGCAAGAUUUGUAAAAUCACGAAAUUUAAUAGAACGCAAUCGACUACAAUCAUUAAGAUCUCAGUUAGAUAAACAAUUAGAAUGGGAAUUAAAACGAUUAUCACUAGAGAGACGUGAAUUCUCGGAUGUUUUAGAAAAUCUACGUAAACGUCAUGUAAAAAUUGAUCGAAGAAAUGUUAGAACAAUGAAAACUAAUAAUAAUAAUAAUCUCUCAGUGUGUGAAAGAAGUAGAAAACACGAUAGACACUUAUAUUCAAUGAAUACACUAAAUGGUAUUCUACCUAAAGCUAUAUCAAAUCCUACAAACUCUUUACAUACUACUGCCAGUAUGAAUUCGUUUCAUUUAUCUACUCCACAUAUGGCAUCUUCUCCAGAUUUAUCUCGACCUACUGAUGAUAAAAACAAUACGAACAAUAACAGUAACAAUAAUAAUAAACAGUUAAAUCGUAUACCACCAGUUAUAAAAACUGAAUUCUUAGAUUCAACUGAAAAAACUUCACAGGUAAAUGUUUGUCAUUUAAUGUAUACUGAUUCCGGUGAAUGGAUACACUUAAACAAAUCAAGCUUAAAUGUAUCAGCUCCAUCGAGUGCUUCUAAAUCGUCUGCCUCCUCAAAAUGUACAAAAUCUUGGUCAGAAAAUUAAUAAAUUAAAAAAAACAAAGCAAUAUAUAUAUCACCGUGCCUAAUAUACAUAUAAAAUGUCAAGAUAACUUUAUCCUACAUUCCAAAAUGAUGAUUAAAUAUCUACUGGAAGAAAUGAUCUGUUUUGAUUUCAUUCAAAUAUACUUGAAAAAUCUCUUAUUAUUUAUGAUUAUGAGAUGAUAUCAACAUGAUGAUGAAUUCGAUUAUUCUUUCUUUUUGCCUUAUCCCCUCUGUCUACUGAUUCUUAAUACGAAUUAAUGUGUAAGUGUAUUUAGCCUCUUUUAUGCAUAUGGACAUAAAAAUUGCAUUUAAUAAAACAAAAUAAAUUGAGUAUAAAAGCG